AGGUACAAUACUGACCAAGGAGCGAUGGACCAGCAAUUCUGUCUGCGCUGGAACAAUCAUCCUACAAAUUUAACUGGUGUGCUUACCUCCUUGUUACAAAGGGAGGCACUUUGCGAUGUAACUCUUGCAUGUGAAGGUGAAACAGUAAAGGCACAUCAAACUAUCCUGUCAGCAUGCAGCCCAUAUUUUGAAACAAUUUUCCUGCAAAAUCAUCAUCCACAUCCUAUAAUCUAUUUAAAAGAUGUAAGAUACUCCGAAAUGCGUUCCCUGCUCGAUUUCAUGUACAGGGGCGAGGUAAAUGUCGGCCAAAGCUCAUUACCGAUGUUUUUGAAAACAGCUGAAAGCCUACAGGUGCGCGGUCUGACAGAUAAUAAUAACUUAAAUUAUCGCGCUGACUGCGACAAACAACGCGACUCAACAACAUCCUCACCAACUGGACGCUACGCAAAUAUCAACGAACGCGAAUCACGUGAACGCGACUCAUUACGCGGUCGAGAUUUGCGUGAUGAACUACACUCACAUCGCAGUAGUAGCAGUUUGAGUGAACGUAGUGUAGCCGCAGCAGCUGCUGCUGCAGCCGCCGUUGCGGCCGCUGGUAAUAAUGCCAGCUUACAGAAUGCAGCUGCUGUUGCUCUAGGUUUAAGCGAACGAUCUCCAAGUGUUGGCAGUGCAAGUGCCGCUGCAGCCGCCGUUGCUGCAGCCGUUGCAGCUGCUGCCAAUCGUAGCGCUAGCGCUGAUGCAUUAAGCGGUGGCGUUAUUAAUAGUCGCGGUGAUGCUGGCAGUGACCGCGGCAGUGAGCGCGGCAGUGUUGGGGGUGGUAUGAUAGUUGGUGAACGCGGCGAACGUGAAAGGGCUGAUAGCCGUGAUGAACUCAUGCAGUUAGAUUAUAGUACGAAGGACAGAGAUCGUGAUAGGGAAAUGUCUACCACACCAGUGGAGCACAUUAGCAAUAAGAGAAGACGUAAGAACUCAUCCAACUGUGAUAAUUCGUUGACCUCGACACAUAACGCAAAUGUACAGGAUAGGCACUACACUCAGGACUCUCAGGCGUCCUCACACAGCAAUUUUAAAUCGAGUCCCGUGCCAAAAACAGGAAACACAUCUGAAUCUGAAGACGGCGGUGGGCGUCGUGACUCGCCGUUAGCUGGCAGUCAAGUUGGUGGUGGCAUCAUUGGUGGCGGUGGUAAUGUAAGCGCAUUAAUUGGUGGAAUGGGCCUGAAUCAAUCACCUAGUAUUAAACAGGAAUUAAUUGAUGCCCAACAACAGCAACAGCGCGAACAUCAUGUUUCUUUACCACCAGAAUAUUUACCGACCUCAAGUUCUCUCGAUAAUCCGAAAACACAAACGCAAAACAUAAAAACUCACAACAAUACUGCAACAUUGUCUAGCAACAAGCAAGAACAGCAACAUGUUGAUAAGCAAAAAUCAAGUAUAUAUGCAACAACUUCACAGCAUUUACAAAAUAUGCGACAACAGUUUGAAUUGCUGCAACAAGAAAAAUAUGCGACAGAACAACAACAAGUAUUAUUGCACCAAGCAAUAAGAGAGCAGCAGCAACGAAUGAAAAACACUUGGUAUCAACAACAGCAACAAUUGACUGCUAAUAUGACAGAUAUAGCACAAACAGCGGCAACAGUAACGAUACGGCAUAUGUUGCAGCAGCAACAACAGCAACAGCAGCAACAACAA